AUGUUCUUUCCGGCGUGCGUGCUCCUGGCACGUUUGUUUUACGCGGUGCCUGCUCGUCGAUCUUGUUUGGCUGAGGUUGGUCGAGGCGCUAGCACCCAUCCCCCGCUGCAAGCCAUCGCGCAGUCCGACAAAAUUCGGCACGUCAUGUUGUUGCGACCCUUCUGCUUCUCUAACCAAAGGCACCGCAACUUCACUCCCAAUCCCAAUCCCACCAGACGCGCAUUGCAAUCAUAA